AUGAACCUGCAUUCGUUGGCGCUUCUUCUGGCGCCGAGCCCGGUGGCUGUCACCGCCUCCGCCGACGCUGCAAAUGUCCUGACAACGUUUCGACACAUGCAGGGCUGGCGCUGCAAGACGCGGAUGUUCAGUGCUUUGCAUUUGCCGGAUCACUUGGAGAUGGUGGAAAAGGUGCAACAGGCAUCGGUGUGGUGCAGCCACCAUCCGGGUUGCUACGGCGUGCAGUUCUAUAAUGCAGGCCCAGAGGAAGACUUCAUGUACUGCAUGAAGUGGUGCGGCCAACCUCAGUGGUGCCUUGCACCCAUCCUGGAAGAAGACGCCGAGGGCUUGCAGGCGGACGAGCUGGUUCAAGACAAUCUGUUUUACCUGCUGGUCAAGCCUCGCCCGGGUUCGGACUCGCUGGCCUCGCCCCUCCAGGGCCCGCCAGCCAGAUGCUCAUACGCUGGUCGGGUGGGUCCCUGCUUCGAUCCGCUUGCCCGAGAAGCUUGCAGGGCACGCAAGUUUAAGCCCGGCCAGCGGGCCUUUGUUUUUGCAGACGAUCUGCAGCGCAGAGCCGAGUGGCUGGAUCAUUUGGAGGACUCCUACAUACUCCACCUACAGCGCAAGUGGGCGGAGCCAAAUGGUGUGGAUGUGGUGCUGAUUCUUCCGGACGUCACCACAGCAAGAUAUCCAAUUUCCGGGGCCCAAAGAUCGGCCCUGAUGCGGAUGGGUGUCCGCAUCCUGGAGGUGCCUUGGAUUCGGCCGGAGCUGGGCAAAGGUAUCCCUUCCUGGGCUCAGCAAGUAUGGUGUGUCGAUCGCGACUUCUUCAAGCUCCAUGCGCUGGGACUUGAGUAUGACGCGAUUAUCUUCUACGACACAGAUGUGUUUGUGAACCCUCCGGACUUCUCACACCUGGAAGCAGUUUUCAACUGCGCAUACCAGGGCUACUUUUUGGCCUCGGCCCUUCACGGCGGCUUCGAGCCGCUAACCGUUGCCUUCUUCGCCCUGCGGCCCUCGCCAGCGCUGCUCCGCGCUGUGCAGCGCUUUCUGCUGAAUGCAACCUUCGAUGACGAUGGCGCCUGGAACUGGGUUGGCUUUGGCCCCUGGGGCUGCCUGGAUAGUACCGAUGAGUGGUGCUUCCGUUCCUAUCACGUCGGCGGCGAGUGCGGGCAGGGUCUUUUCUACGACCUCUUCUACCGUGCUGACCAGGUUUUCUGGACAGCACUGGAAGCCGAACCUUCCACGGUGAGGCCGCUGGGUGUGAUGCUGGAUGGAUGCAUCUGGCUCUACGAAAACUCCGUCCGGGUUGCUGGGUUUCCAACCGUGCCCAAUCCCUGCCCGGACAUGGUCGCGCAGCAUCGUUGCAGCGACAUCGUGGCAUACCACAAGGUUAUCGAGGGGCGCGGCUGCGCUGCGUCGCCUGAUCUCCUUGGUGCGGGCGCUGCACGGUCCUUGAGGCUCUACCCAUCAGACGCAGCAGACAGUCUCUACAACACGCACACGUCCCCGACUUUCCAGUCUGAGAUGGAGCCUGAGACCAAAAUGGCUGUGCCGGAGAGAGCAAUGAAGCCGCCUGUGGCCAAGUUGGCCAUUGAUAAUCAGAUGCUCCAUCAGGAUGCAACGUAG